CUUAAACCUCAGCAAGCCUCUUAAGCGUUUCUUCUUCUUUUUCUUCAACCUCCGUCCGUCUAGGGUUCCCUUGGACAACCCUCACUCCCAUGGCUCUCCAGCUAAGGAGCAGGCGGAAACCGCUCCCGAGCCCUUCCCUCAUUCGCUUCUUCUCCUCCGAAAAGCCAGACCCAGACGCCGAAUCGCCUCGACCCAACUUCGCUCCCGGCGACGCCGACUCAAGGCCGCAGCCGUCGGCGGAGCCUCCCUCCCUCUCCAAUUACCUGAACAAGGUCAAGGCCAGGCUAAGACAGCAGCAGCGCAGCAGCAUGAACAGGCCCUCUCUCUCGUCCCCGUUCCCCGCCUCGAAUGCGCCGAAGGAGGAAAUCUUGAAGAACCUCUCCGAGUUCCGUCGCCGGUCCGCGGCGCCGGGUCCCGCGGACUCCAACGCCCGGCCCGUCACUUUCCAGGAGCUGUACAACCGCAAUGUGGUAGGGAGGAAAGGGGAGGCUAAUCCGGGCGGUGGUCCCGAGGGAGGGCCCGCGAAGCCGGGCGAGAAGGUCUCCAUGGAACCGUUCCGCGAGAGCCUGAGGCAGAUGCAGUUCAGUCAGAAAACCGGUUCCGACGCCCUCCCGAAGAGGGGGGACCCGAUGCCGCUCUCGCGGUUUAGGGAUGCUCUGAGGAUGAGGCCCGGGCUGGAAGGCUCGGGCUCGGGCUCGGGCUCCAGCACCAUGGGUAUUGGAGGCGGCGAGAAUUUGCCGCUGUCGGUGUUUGGGAAGGAGAUGAGGGAGAGGAAGGAAGGGGAAGGGAAGGAGAGCAGCGGCAGGUCCAAAACGGAGUUCUUGAAGUCGUAUAGUUAUACUGAUUUGGGAGCGAAGUUGAAGACGUUGAGGCCGGAGAGCGCGGCGAAAGGUGGAGACGGAAAGGGGUGGUUUUCACUGGGGGAGUUGAACGAGAGGUUGGUGAAGUUGAGGGAGAUGGAGGACUCGCAGACUGGAGAGGCCUUUUACAGGGAUUUGAGGAUAAGUUUGGGCAGAAUUAAAAGUUCUGAUGAUGAGAGGAUGAAGAAGACGUCGUUCCAGAGACUACAUGCAUUAGGACAGUUAGGAGGAACUCCAGACUUCAUGCUGCAGCCUCCAAAGGAACAUUUAGUUGAAAAGUACUUCCAUCCAGAUAACAUGUCUUCUGCAGAAAAACUGAAGAUUCAGCUUGCACAAGUGAGGGAGGAGUUUAAAAUGUCAGAGUCAGACUGUGGAUCUGCACGUGUGCAAGUGGCGCAGCUGACGACAAAGAUAAAGCAUUUAGCUCAAGCCUUACACAAAAAGGAUAAGCAUUCUCGAAAGGGGCUUCAAGCAAUGGUGCAGCGAAGGAAGACGCUCUUGAAGUAUUUGCGAAGGACAGACUGGGAUUCAUACUGCCUGGUUCUCUCUAAGCUUGGUCUGCGUGACAACCCAGAUUACAAGCAUGCAUGAAUGCAAGGAAGCAAACCAAGCCCCUUUCUUCUUCAGCGUAUCGAAUGAAACUCAGGGAUUCUAGUGCAUCAGAGGCUUGUGCUGUUUUUUUAAUGGGUCGGGGCAAUGUAGCUGGCAUUCUUGGUUCUCAUGGGUAUGGGCAAUGUAGCCAGCAUUCUUCUUUCUUUCGGCCUGAACCAGACUUGUCCAAAUGGGACAUGCAUUCUUAACAUUGUGCAAUGAUAUUGCUCGGCCACAGGAUAGAUGGUCAAGAUGUAAUCUUUAGGGAAUUUGCCCAAACUUGUUUUGAUAUUUGGGAGAAUAAAUUGCCAAGAUGAUGGAUGAAUUGGUUUUGCAAGUUGAA